UUUUCAUAGGAGGGCAGCUUAUGCCGCAAGGGGAACAGGAAUUGGCCACAAAGAUGUUGCAGAUCCAGUCCAAAAGGUUUUAUUUAGAUGUUAAACAAAACAGAAGAGGAAGAUUUAUCAAAGUGGCAGAGGUUGGGACAGCUGGACGAAAAAGCCGUCUUCUGCUAGCCAUGUCCACAGCAGCCGAAUUCAGAGACCAUCUCACGUCCUUUAGUGAAUUGUAUGCUUCACUGGAUGUAUCAUAUUCCUUUUUAGAAAUAAGAAAUAUCAACUUUUUAUUACAUAAUGCAAAUUUAAGAGCCAUCAAUGCUUUUGUAUCACAGACAAUAGCAAGAGGAGGACCACGCUCGCAGAUAGCUAUACCUGCCCAAGGGAUGAUUGAAUUUCGAGAUGCCCUCACUGAUUUAUUGGAAGAAUUUGGUACAGAUGAUGGAGGAUUUAAAGGCGAAUUGCCAGAAGGUCGCCACAUGCGUGUAGAAAAUAAAAACUUUUAUUUUGAUAUUGGUCAAAAUAGCAGGGGUAUAUAUAUGCGUAUAUCAGAAGUGAAGAGUAAUUUUCGAACAGCAAUCACCAUUCCAGAAAAAUCGUGGUCACGAUUCCGUGACAUAUUUGCAGACUAUGUUGAUAAGAUGAAAGAGUUGACAGAGAAGACGUCAGAAGGUGGGAAAUGAUGGUGCAACUUCGUGAGCCUAAGUAAAAAUUGGACUCUUGCAGAACCAGAAGUAGUACAAGGGGCAUGUGUCUUUGCAUUAUUGACAACAUGGGACUGUUGUGCUGCUCCCAGUGAAUGAGGGUGUCAACUAUAAUUGUGAGCUGACAAAAACCACCCAUUCGUCUGGCCAUGACUGCUUUACUUUGUACAUGUUCUUGUAAGUAAUCCACCGGUACGACGCUGACUUGUUUCUGUGUAGCAUUCAUGCAAGAUGUGAUCCAGAACUCUUGUGGUGCCACACCAUUCGGUUUCUCGUCCCAUAUUCCUGGGGAUCUCAUCAUUCUUUGUCAGGUGAGUUGAUGAGGUCCUCAGGUAUCUUAAGCUGGUGAUAGCACCAUUCCCUUGUACAGUGAGGUGAUGGAUUGUCCUCACCAAUCUUUUUGUGUAUUAAGGUGAUAAAAACUUCUGUCCGGCUUUCAAAUCAGAUGAUGUCAACUUUUUCUUGUACUGUUAAAAAUUGGGGUUUGUUGGUCUCCAACUUGACAAUGUCACCAUUUCCUUGUAAAGUAUAAUGACGACAUUCUCAAGUUGAGUAGCCAGGUGUAGUCACCAUUCCUUAUACUUUGUGGUGAUGAGUUUUUAGAGGAAAAAUGUCAGGCUUGCUUUGCAAUAGCCUCUAAAUCCUCCUUGUUUUCCAAACUUUAGAAGUUGGACUUUUCUUACAUUGUUACACAUCGACAAAUGGCAAGAUUCGUUGCUCUUCUUCAGGGAUCAAAACCUGAUGAGUAAUGUAAAUUUAAGGAGAAGUUUAAAAAAUAUUUGCAUAAAAAAGAUAAAAAAAAUAUUACAUGUUAAUGUUGAAAAAUGUUUUUGUACAAAUUUCACUUGCUGAGACCAUCAUGGUGUAGAUCCACAGUCCCUGGGAAGUAGAGAGAUCAGUCCAGGCAUUAUUGUGUAUGUGUAGUGUUCACGGAUGAUAUCGACAUCAAAUUGUAUAGUAUGUGGCUGACCAUGAAGGAGUGUAGCAAGAUAAAAGAAAAAAUUGGCAAUCUUCAAAAGCUAUCACUAAUGCCUCUGGGCAGUUCAAUGGUGUAUUAUAGUGAUAUCUACACAGUUAACUGGGUAACAUCUGCACUUCUCAUCGCCCACAAUAUAGGGAUUAUGUGGGAAGUUCUUGCAAGCUUAAGUAUUGUUAAUUUGGUGUAAGCAGAUGAUCAGUGUUUCUUAACUUUUGAGUAAGUCCAUGCUUAGCUUGUGGACGUUUCUGUAGCUAAAGUGGCCAAACUUGAGAAAUAUCCCUGUUUAUGGCUUCAUUUGUGUUAGGGAAGGCAGUAAGUUGCAAGCUAAAAGGUGUUGGAAAUAGAACAAUUAAAAAUAUAUAUAUAAAAAAAAAGAUAUACUCUUAGCACUUUCACUGCCAUUUUGCAAGUGAGGUUGAUUUUGAUUUGUGGAGGGUUGAUGUUUGACCGCAUGUUUCCUACUCGUGGUAGUUGAUUGUUCUUGUUGUUAUCUUGUUGUAGAUUUUUUUCUCCUCUUAAAAAAAUGUCAGACAUUACUCUGGUCAGUAAUAUGCUUUUUAUUUGUAAUUUGGUUCUUGUAAAGCUUGCAAAAUAUUGAAAAUUAUAGCAAGAAAAAAUUGAGUGCUUUAUUAUUUGCAUUUUUAAAAUUUUUUAAAACUAGAGGUCUUCAUCUAAAAUAAGUGAUAUGCAUUGUAUAAAUUAUUGGUUGGUUGGCAAUUUGAUGAAGACCUUUAGAUAAAAAGCUAAGCUUAUUUUUGUGAUGUUAUCUGCAUGAUUUUUGUCAAGAGAAUAUAAUGUAGAUAUAAAAAAAAGAAAUUUAUGUAAUUUUAGAUUUAUAAUUAUACAUGUUAUUAAUUUUGUUUCAACUUAUUUACAACCAUGCUUCUGCCAUUGCAAGGGUUGGUAGUCAGUCAGUGGUGAAGUUGUGAUUAUGGUGUUGUCUAUUUGGAAAAAAAAAUGGUAAUUACAGAGGUGCUAAGUUUGCUGUUUAUUCCUGCUGUUGCCCAUUGAUUGAAUUAUUCUCUUUAGUUAUAUAAUAUGUGGCAUGAACAGACCCAUCGGCUAAGGCCAACAUGCACCAGACCCCUCCGGAACGUUUAAGGGAUUUUAAACUGACAUACAAAAAUAAGAAAUUUCACUAAACAGUUGCUUGCCUCCUGACAGAUUUACUGGUAAUUGGCAUCUGCAAUUAUUUUAGUAGGCAAUGUUGCAAAAGUAUUUUUUUAAUUUUUUUUUCAGGGGAGUGUUUAGACACUGGAGAAAUUUCUUGUGAAAAUAGAAUUUUAAAAAAUUAUAAUGGGAUUGAGAGGGAGUCAAUGGAGUUGUAUUGGUGUUUUGCAUAAUCAAGCCUCCAGUUCAAUAUCCCUCCUCCCCUCAAUGGCUGUUUGGUAGGAUUUAUCUUUGACUUCCAUGAAAUAUGGAAAAUUGGUUAACUGACAUUUUUUCAGUCCAUAAACUAUGUACUGUAGCACUUGAGUAACAAAACUAUGUGAAUAUAUAAUUGUUGAGGUAUAAAUAGGAGUGGUAACUUGUUGGUUUCAGUUGAUGGAAGAAAAGAUGAUACGAUGCCUUCAUUCAGUGUAACUUACAACAGGAUGGCACGGUGGCCGUCUGAAGAUUUGAUUAAAACAUGAAUUGUCACUGGUACUAGUUGACUCCUGUUGAUAUUUUAGUGAUAUUGUUCUUUAUUGUCUCAGUCUGCUGGAUUCAUGCAAUUGAUUCACAUUUUCAAGUUUUAAAAUAAUGCAUAUCAUCUGAUAAAAACACAAAAUUCUAAAAAAAAAAACUUUUUUAGAAAUGGUCUUUAUUUAAACAUUUUAAGAAAGUUAUAUUACAAUAAUAUAUUUAUGUUAGUGUGUCAUAUCAAUCUCAAAAACUAAGGUUAAAAAAUUUUUGAUAUUGAUAAAUGUUUAUUUUCUAUAUAUAAUCUAUAUCAAAAUUAUAAAAUUUAAGUUUGGCACCAAACAAAAUACAUACGUGUAAAAAAUUUCCUAAAAAUAAUUUUAAAAAAAAUGAGAAACAAAAACAUGUUGAUAAUAUUGAAUUAAUUGUUUAAUUUCCAACUUUCAAAUCUGAAGACUCUGGCUUGGAAUGGUAUCAGUUGCGUACCCAGAUGCAUGAAAAGAAUGAAGUCUUUUCUUCGUGUACACAUAACAUGAUGCAUGCUCAAGUUGCAUUCCUACUUCAAAUGUAUGUAACAUGGAAUAAACAACAAGAAUUGCUUAUGUGAAUGUAAUAUCUUAUACUGUGAUAGAAUAACUAAUUAAAACAAUUUUUAUUAAGUCCUGUAGAAAUUUAACUGUGGAAUUUUAUCAAUAGCUGCAGGUUGAUAAUGAUAAGAUUUUUUUAAUAACUAAUAUAUGUUUAAUUUUUAAAAAUUAAAAAAAAAAAAACAAAAAGUUCACAUAGUAAAGAAGAAAAUUGUUACUCAUUCCAGUACUCAUGACAAAACUCCCUUUGGAAAGUUAUC